AUGCAAGUAGCAGACCCGCGUUUUCCAAACAUAUUCGCUGUUGGAGACGUCGCUGCAACGGAUGCCCACAAGGCAUCGGGCCCUGGACAUCGUCAGGCCCAGGUUGCGGCGGACAACAUCAUUGGCAUGAUUAGGGGUGGAAGACCAGAGCACAUUUACUUGCGGGAAACAAGAAGAAUUCAUCUUUCGCUUGGUUUACAACUAUAUGUGACGUUUGAGAAUCCAAGAGAAGAGGGCGGUGAACCAAGUAUCAAGAUCAUCGACUUUGAGGACGGAGAGCACGAUCAAGAUGAGGCAGAACGGACUCGACUGUUUGAGUGUCGCGUGCAAAACCUAUGGGAGCGGAGGGCACCAGGCGUCACCGACUAUUAUUUGUGA